AUGGAGGAUGGAUUUCGGGGUAGUAGUGGCAGCGGGGGCGACGCCGGGGAGGACGAGCCGAGUCCGGCGUCCGGUGGGGACAAGCGCAGUCUGUCGCAGCUGCUGCAGCGCGCUAAAGACGCCGUCAUUCAUGACGCAGCCAGGAAUGUUAACGCAGCCGCAGCUGGAGCCGCCGGUUCUUCGUUUGUUGCCGGAGCCGCGCAAGCGUCAUCCUUCCACCAUGCCUCUUCGGGAUCGCCGCAUGUCGCGGGUGGUUUCGCCGGAUCGUCCCCAGCCCUUCACGCUGCUGCCGCGGCGCUCAACCCCCUUGAGGUGCUGCCGGCUCUCACUUCGCCCAGCAUCGGCAUUAACAGCCAAUCACGGGUGUCUUUUAAAGGGGGUGGCGUCAUAGCUGACGUCAGUUGGCCGAUGUUUCCUACUUUACCGUCAUCGUCAACAGCGACGUCACUUCCCGAGAAUGUCCUCCGUGCGACGCUGCUGCGCUCAGCGUUGGCGUCGGCAGCAGGAGGUUCUCCAAACGUCUCCCAGCCGCUGCAGCAGCAGCUGUUGCAGCAGCAGUUACUGCAGCAGCACUUGCUACAGCAGCAGCAGCAACAGCAACAGCAGCAGCAGCAUAGCUUUUCGCAACAGAGCGUGCAGCAGCAGUUGUUACAGCAGCAAGCAGCGCUGCGCCAGUUCGGUAUGCUGCAGCAGCAGCAACAGCAGCAGCAGCAGCAGCAGCAGCAGCAGCAGCAGCAGCAGCAGCAGCAGCAGCAGCAGCAGCAGCAGCAGCAGCAGCAGCAGCAGCAGCAGCAGCAGCAGCAGCAGCAGCAGCAGCAGCAGCAGCAGCAGCAGCAGCAGCAGCAGCAGCAGCAGCAACAACAGCAGCAGCAGCAACAGCGGCUGCAGGAGGCACAAUCAGCCGCACUGAUGCAUCAGAAGCAACUAUUCUCGCAGUCCAGCUUCAACCAGGGAUCCUUACAAGGGUUGGAGAGUCGGCACGAGGCGCAGAUGCAAGCGCAAAUGCAAGCACAAGUGCAACUGCAGGCUGAGACUCGACUGUCCAUGUUUCAGAAUCAGGCGAGAGAACAGCAGCAGCCACAACUGCAGUCUGUGCAGCAGGCGCAACAGCAGCAGCAGCAGCAGCAGCAAGUUCAGGAGUUUUCUCAGGGUCUUCCACUGAACGGGCUGCAGCUGGAUGAGGCGCAAAUGGCGUGGCUGAAGCAGGCGCACAUAGAGGCUCAGCGGUUCACGCUCUCCCAAGUGCACGCAAGCAAAGGGGAAGGGCAGGGGCACGGGUUGCAAGUACAGCAGGGAGUGCAGCAGGGUUUGCAGCAGGGGGGACAGCAGGGAGGGGGUAAUGUUGGUGAGGAGGUGGGCAGGAGAGAGCAUGGUGCGGGUCAGCAGAGACGUGAGUGUGCGAACGAUGGGAGGGGGGACGUGGCACAGCAGGAAGAUUCGGGACUGCAAGGCGUGGAUGCUCACAAACAACAGCAGCAGCAGCAGAGUGCAAACAUGUCGAUGCAGCUAGCCAACUUGCGGUCGCAGGUGGGACUUCAGCCCGGGUCGCUGCUCGCCCAAGCACUCAAACUUUCCCACCAGCCUUCCUUCGCAGCUGUCUCCAGUCUCCCGCUCUUCUCUAACUUUCGCUCCGUCACCGCCCCUCACUCGUCCUCCGCGCACCCCACCGAGCCCCAUGCAUCAUCACCCCACGCAGCUACCCUGUCCUGUACGAGCACUGUAGCUGCGGCGGCCGCUGCAGCACCUGCAGGUGCUACAGUGUCAGCUCCCAAUUCAUCGAGCCCUGCCUGGAGCGAGCCGGCGUUCCCCACUGUGCAGUCUGGGGAGGUGACGGACCGCUUCUCUUCCUUCAGCGACUCGCAGUUCGCCUCUGCUGCUGAAAUUGGUGCCACUUCUUCCACGGCUGCUGCUGGCAUGAUGGCGGCUGCUGCAUCGGCAGGCCUCGAUGCUGGUCAUGCUGCUGCUGUUGCUGAUGGUGGUAGCGGUUUCGGUGGUAGUAAUGUUGGCAGUGGCCUGAACAAUGCGUUGCCUGGGGGCAAUGACAGUGGGAGGGAGGGUGGCUCGUUCACCACUGUGCUUCGGAUGUCCUCAGCUGCUUUUCAGCAGCAGCAACAGCAGCAGAUGCUGCUGCGACAGCAGUGGAGUGGGCAGGCGGGUGGAGGGCAAGAGAGUGCAGCAGCCCAUGCAGAGCCCUCUGUGCAUGUGUGGAGGCCGAGGGAAGACACGAGCUGGUUCCAGCAGCUGGGGCAGUCAGGAGCACUUGAGAAGCUUGCUGGAGGCAUGGGAGGAGAGGGUGGGGAGGCUGAAAAGUCUGCAGCAGCACCGGCUGCAGGAGGGGGAGCAGGAGCAGGAUCAGGAGCAGGAGCAGAAAAUCACGGGUUUGAAGGGAGGGCUGGUGGGGAACGGGGAGGAGGAAUGCUAUUGCUGGCAGAGCCUGCAUCUGCUGAUGUCAGCAGACCUGACGUACAGAGAGAGCAUCAGCAGCUUCAGUCUGAUGGCAAAAGGCAUGACCAUCUUGUGGAUAGAAGCAACCCCCCUGCGUUGCAGGAGCAGCAGCAACAGCAGACUGAGGCGCGUGGUGGGACUCAUCAACUGGGCCAACAGGCUUCCAUGGUGAGGUUGCAGCAAUCCCGCAGGCCAGAUGCAAUCUUGGAAGCCCUCACAUCCGGGUCGCAGUCGUGGGUGGGUCAGGCAGGGCGCUGGGUGGAUGAGCAUCAAAUGCAGUGGAGGAUGCAAAAGGCAGGGGAAAAUGCAGCGAUGGGUGGGGGAAUGGCUCAGGCGGAGCAAGAUGCAACACACGGGGAUAAUCUGGCAGAGGCGGAUAUUCUUAGAGCAUUACAUGCAGAGAUGGAGUUCUAUGCUUUCUUGCCACUCGUUUCUGAUGUUUUUCAGUCGUUGAGCGCUCUAAUGGACUCUUCAUCCGCACCGACUAGUUGA